AUGCAAAAAAUGUCGGCGAAUAUGUACAGAGUCGGAGAUUAUGUAUUCUUUGAAACAUCGUCGACGGCGCCAUAUCAAAUCAGGCGAAUUGAGGAACUGAAUAAGACUCAAAAUGGAAAUGUUGAAGCCAAAGUUAUGUGUUUCUACAGACGGAGAGACAUUUCCAAUUCUCUCAUCUUACUGGCGGAUAAACAUCACAACGCCCUAGAGGAGGAUGUAGAGGAGAGACGAGAAAUAGAUGAAGGUUCACCGCCCCGAGAGGACGGGGAUAAAUCUGAGGUGACUAAAGCGGUGCUGGUGCAGAUUCCUGAGCCUGCCAAAACAGAGGAGAACGGCACAGACAGCACCAGCAACGGCAUCAGCUGCAACAACAACAACCACGGUGGGCGUGGGAUGGAGGAGAUCCCAGAGAAGCUGCGGCAUCAGUUGAAGCACCGAGAGCUGUUUCUCUCUCGACAAGUAGAGACCCUCCCUGCCACCCACAUCCGAGGGAAGUGCUGUGUUACCUUGCUCAAUGAAACUGAAUCUCUCUUGUCUUAUCUCGGCAAAGAGGACACAUUUUUCUACUCGUUAGUCUACGACCCGCAGCAGAAAACCUUACUUGCUGACAAGGGAGAGAUUCGAAUAGGUCCCAAGUAUCAGGCAGAGAUGAUACCGAAGGUCUUAUUAAUUGAUGAAGAGGACACUCGCAGGUUAGAAGAUCUGGAAGAACUGGUCUGGGACCCUAACAAUGGCCUCACAGACAGAGAUAUAGACCAGUUCCAAAUAAUUGCCCGGUCUGUGGGCACAUUUGCUCGUGCACUGGACUGCACCAGCACUGUCCGCCAGCCCAGUCUACACAUGAGUGCAGCGGCUGCCUCCAGAGAUAUUACUAUUUUCCACGCCAUGAACACCCUACACCAGCAUGGCUACAACAUUGCCAAGGCUAUCAAGAGCCUAGUGCCUCCUGGCGGACCUGUCUUAUGUCGGGACGAGAUGGAGGAGUGGUCAGCUUCCGAGGCCAACUUAUUCGAGGAGGCCAUUGAGAAAUACGGCAAAGAUUUCAAUGACAUUAGACAAGACUUUUUACCAUGGAAAUCCUUAAAGAGUAUAGUUGAGUACUACUACAUGUGGAAGACCACAGACAGAUAUGUGCAGCAGAAACGAAUCAAGGCCUCUGAAGCAGAGAGCAAAUUAAAACAAGUGUACAUUCCCAACUACAACAAGCCAAACCAGGCAGCCAUUACCAGCAAGAUGAACGGAACUGAAGGGGCAAUCUCAGGCAGAGCUUGUGAGAGCUGCUACGCUUCCCACUCGUCACAGUGGUACUCCUGGGGGCCAGUUCACCUUCAGUGCCGACUGUGUAGCAGUUGUUGGACUUACUGGAAGAAGUAUGGAGGACUGAAGAUGCCCACACGACUAGAUGGUGAGAGGCCAGCUCCGAAUGCAAGACAAGAGCGAAUAGCUCAGAUGAACUCUGUCCGCAUGCAGAAGUGUUCAGUACCUGGGUGUGGCAAG